AUGCUAAUUUUGGCAUCUCAGCGGAUAGAAACUUUAUUCCUAAAAGAUCCGGACGAGGAUCCCGUACCUCGGAAAAGGGGAUCAAAGCCGUCGUUAGUAGAAUGGAUUAUAUUAGCGUGGGUUAGUGGUUUAAUCUGGAGCGAAAUCAAGCAACUUUGGGAUGUCGGUUUAGAGGAGUACGUUCGCGACAUGUGGAACGUCAUAGAUUUCAUAACAAACUCUUUGUACGUGGCAACUGUGGCAUUAAGGAUAGUAUCCUACUAUCAGGUGAACUACUUCAAUUACUCAGGUGUGAAGAACCUGACGCAAUUGGACACUCUGAGCACGGAUGCGGAACCCGCGCAUUUAGGAAAUAUGGGUAACCUAAGCCAACAUCGCAAUGAUUGGGACGCCUGGGAUCCGAUGCUAAUAUCCGAGGGUCUCUUCUCCGCAGCCAACAUAUUCAGCUCGUUAAAACUGGUCUACAUAUUCUCGGUGAAUCCCCAUUUGGGACCGCUUCAAGUCUCCCUAUCCCGGAUGGUGAUGGAUAUCAUGAAAUUCUUUUUCCUCUACGUCCUCGUCCUGUUUGCAUUCUCUUGUGGUCUUAAUCAACUGCUGUGGUAUUACGCCGAUGCCGAGAAGAUGCAAUGUCCAACGGAGCAUCCAAAUGCGACGCAGCAUGCUACAAAUCCCGAUUCGAAUGCCUGUGUCAUCUGGAGGAGAUUUGCAAACUUAUUUGAAACAAGUCAAACUCUGUUCUGGGCUGUUUUCGGUCUCAUAGAUCUCGAGAGUUUUGAUCUGCAUGGAAUCAAAGUAUUCACCAGAUUUUGGGGAAUGCUCAUGUUCGGAACUUAUUCUGUCAUCAAUAUUGUGGUUCUUUUAAAUCUACUGAUAGCGAUGAUGAAUCACUCGUACCAACUCAUAUCAGAACGGGCAGAUGUCGAGUGGAAAUUUGCACGUAGUAAAUUAUGGAUAAGCUAUUUCGAAGAAGGAGGCACAUCACCGCCACCAUUCAACAUUAUCCCGACACCAAAGAGCGUUUGGUACGUGAUCCAAUGGCUACACAGAAAACUGUGCGGACAUUCGAGAGCAGCUAAAAAGGAACAUAUGAGGACCAUUAGACGUAAAGUGAAGCAAGCUAGUGAACGGGAUUUUAGGUAUCAGAGCAUUAUGCGAAAUUUAGUGCGUCGAUAUGUAACUGUUGAGCAGCGGAAGGCAGAGAAUCAAGGAGUCACCGAGGACGAUGUAAAUGAAAUCAAACAAGAUAUAUCGGCUUUCCGCUUCGAACUUAUUGAAAUUCUCAAAAACUCCGGGAUGAAUACUUCAACUGCACAUUCCGGGAUGGGGACCGGGGGAAAGAAGAAUAGACAAAAAGAGAGAAGAUUAAUGAAGGGCUUCAACAUUGCCCCGCAACCGGGAAGCACAACUUUGCCUCCAGUGGCGGAAUUUAUCGCUUCUCUGCAACAGCAAGAUCAUCACGAUCUCUUCGGUUCGACUCUCUCUGGUAUCUUCAACUCAGCUCCGAGGAAGAUGCACCAGCACAGCACGGUAUCGUCCUCGCAGGGUAGUAUAAAUGAAGGACACCAUCGAGGAAGAUGUCACGUGAAGCGAACGUCGUCGCACAAGAGGCGUUGGGGCACUUUAAUCGAAGCAGCUAAAGCCGGAAAAGUAUCCAGAUUAAUAGGUAGAUCACGUUCGGAGGAUUCAGUGUGUAAUUCACAUUGCCGCGAUGGCACACACAAUCACUCGCACAGUAAUAGUCCAGGUUCUGAAGACAAUUGCACGGAGAGCGCAACUGAUUCGAACCCGAGCUUAGACGCUCAUGUACCUCAGCACACGGAUCAUUUCCACGGCAUCUCCAGCGGUUUGGCAUUACUUCGAAAGAAGCGCAAGAAGUUCAGUGCAUCGAGGAACACGAGUCCCGUUAUUGCACCACCACAGAAUUCCGUCGAACAUGCCAUCGCCGUUUGCGUUGGAAAGAGUAAUAAAAAGACAGAAGGAGUCUACUUCACCAAGAGGUGCAUUCAAAGUGAUUACAUUGCAUUCUUUCAAAGGGUCAGGAAUCAAAGGGUAUCUCAAGUACUAAAACGUGCUUCAAGUGUACCAACACGUGUUCCUGAAGUACUUCAGAUAAUUCAGAAACACGAGCAAACCCAGUCGCAGCAAGAAUCCGUCGAAAUACCGCCAGUCACUACAACACUAACUCCAUCGACUACCGAGGAAAGUGUAAAUAACGGUACCCAAAAUACACUAAUUGCGACUGGAACUUCGUCCCGAGAACCUCUACUCUACAAUUCCUCCUCGAGCAAUCCAACGACAUGCUCAUCUCAAACACCAGAGGAUGAGUAUAAGGGCAACACCGGAAGUUCCUUGCCGAAACUUCCGGGCGUGAUUCCUCUGAGCGGCCACAACGGCCCCACUGGGUGGCUGUAGAAUAAUUUGUUAUUAACGGUGUUAGUUUCUAUAUAAGAAUAGGAAUCUUUUUGAAGAAAUAAAAUAAACGGCCAUGAACGUAAAAUAAUAAUAAUAUAUGAACUAAGUAAUAUAGAAUGUUUAUAUAAUAAAUGAUGAUCACAUUGUUUCAUUUCGCGUUCCGUUUCUAUUUAAUACAAACUGCAAGUACAAAUUCUCUUGGAUCAAAGCGAAAAAUAAAAAUCAAAUUAUUUCUCUUGCCUUAAGAUUGUAAUGAACUUAACAAACCAAGAACAUAUUUAUGACUAAAACUAAACAAUACAUAUAUAAAAAAAGAAUACAUACAGAUUUAUCACAUGGACCAUUCGAAGAACGUUCAACUUUCAUUUUCCAUUACGACACGAAGAAUCUUUUUGUAAAUAAUGAAGAAGAAAAUGAAGUUACAUACAUAUACGAGGCCUUAAUUAUUUGUUAUAAAUGAAUUAUAUAUAAAAUAAGAAAGAUAUAUAGAGUGUUCUAGACUUAGAAAUAUAUUUAGGGAUUUCGUGCGGCUUCUUAAUACGAAGAAUGAAUGUUAGGUGCAGAUAUCCGAAUUUGGUGAUAUAGGCUUUAUCGCACUCAGACGGACACUAGUCAUUAGAAAUUUGAAAUAAAUUUGUUUGUAUAAACUAUAGCACACUUGUUUAUAAAGGAAAAUUAUUAAAAAAAAAUGUGAAGAAGAAAAACAUGAAGGUAGAGAAAAUGAAUAAAACACUAUUUCCGUACAAACUGCCUACAUGUAAAAUUGUAUUA